AUGUAUGCUGGCGGCUGCCGGCCAGAACGGGACACCGAUUCCGACCUUGGGGACGACUCGCCGUUGUCAAACAUCGCCGACGAACACUCGGAUCACGAAACGACGGAUCCCGGCCGGGACGGAGAGUCAAGUGACGAGGGUGUCAACGUGAAGCGGCCGUCUCCGGACGCGAAAAUGACAUCCGGCAUGGAGUUUGGCAGAAGUCCAGACCACCACUCGGAGCUAAGGUCAGCAGCAGCCGCCCAGUUUGGGGCAAACCACCCCCUGGGGGUGCUCGGAAACCUGACGGCUUUGAACAUGAACGUGCCCGGGUUGAGCGGGCUGGCAUCGGGGUUGGCUUCGGGCCACCCUGGGGAUGUGCUCGAGAAGCUGAAGAUGCAGGUGCGCGACAUGAAGGUGGGAGCGCUGAUGGGUGAACAGAUGGCGGCCGAUUUUGCGGCCCUUCAUGCUGCCUCUUCACCGUUUGGGGCAGCCCUUGCGGCUAGUGCGGCGAAUGGUGGCGUGUCCGGAAAUGGGUUGGGAAUGUUUGGAACUGGUCGAGAGGAUUCCCGUGGGGCUAGUGUUAGUGGAGGCGCCAUUGGUGCAGGAGGUGGGGGUUCUAGUGGAGGAUCCAUGAGUGCUGGAGGAGGAGGAGGAGGAGGUGGUGGUGGUGGGGCAGGCGGCAGCACACAGACACAGGCGGGUUCGCAGAAUGGGGCCAAUUUCUCGUUCACGCUGCCGAACGCACCGAUCAGCAAGGAUGGCAAUCCCGGCUCCAAUUCGUCAACCUCGAGCGAAACGUCGAACUCGUCGCAGCAAAACAACGGUUGGAGCUUCGAGGAGCAGUUCAAGCAAGUGCGCCAGCUGUACGAAAUCAACGAUGACCCGAAGCGGAAGGAAUUUCUGGACGAUCUGUUCCUGUUCAUGCAAAAGCGAGGCACACCGAUCAACCGUCUACCGAUCAUGGCUAAGUCGGUGCUGGAUUUGUACGAACUGUACAACUUGGUCAUCGCACGCGGCGGACUCGUCGACGUGAUAAAUAAGAAGCUGUGGCAGGAGAUCAUCAAGGGCCUGCAUCUGCCCUCAAGCAUCACCAGCGCAGCCUUCACCCUGAGGACGCAGUACAUGAAGUAUCUCUAUCCGUACGAGUGCGAGAAGAAGAACCUAAGCACCCCAGCCGAGCUGCAGGCCGCCAUCGAUGGAAACCGGCGCGAGGGUCGUCGCUCGAGCUAUGGCCAGUUUGAUUCGCCGUCAGUUCAGCGUUCACCGAUUCCGCAGGGUAUCUCGCAGAUGCCACCAUUAUCGCUGGUCUCACACGUCAACCAACAGCAGCAUCACCAUCGGCUGUUGCCACCGGUUGGUCAGAUACCGAACAUGUUGCCGGCUGAGUUCGAGCAGCGCAUGAUCAACUACAUCAAGAUGUUCCAACCGAAGGAGUUGGGUCGUGCCCAAAGCCCAGACAAGCUGUCCGCGCUGAAUGCACUCGACAUCUCGCGUGUUGCCCUCUGGAACAUGUACAAUCCGAGCCCGAACAGUCCACCGAAUUCGCUCAACACCAGUCCGGAAAACAACAUUGCACUCGACUUGUCGGAAUCACCGGAUCAUGCGAUGGCACCGAUCAAGCGCGAACGUGACCACGCAAUGGCAUCGAUUAAACGUGAACGUGAUCAUCCGGUUGAUUUUAGCGAUCCACGGGAGUAUGGUGGUGGAUUGGGUGGACCACCGGCCAAACGUGGCCAUCAUCAUCAUUCACAUCACAACCGUUCACUAACGCCACAGAAGCUGAACAGCUCCUCGCAUGAUGAAGAUGACGCUCGGUCUGAUAGCACACCGGUAAACCUGCGCGAAAAUGGUGGCCACGGACGUGCACCACUUGACGAGGACGGUGAUGAUGAAGAGGACGAAAUGGAGGACGAAACGACCGAAGAGGACAUGAUACGGGCGUCCUUUGCUGCGGCCGCAGCCGCUGCUGCCCAGCAGCAACAGCAGCAGCAACGUGAACGAGAGCAACGAGAACGGGAGCGAGUUCAGCAGCAGGCAGUGGCACGCGAACAGCAACAUUUGGCUACGCUUGAUCUGAGCAUACUCGAUCGCGAGCGGCUUCGUUGCGAUAGUGCUGACAAGCUGAAGCGUCAGAAUCAGCAGCAGCAGCAGCAGCAACAAUUGCAGGCUCACCAGCAGCAUCAACAGCAGCAACAGCAGCUGCUGGAUCAGCAUCACCUGCACCAAAGGCAGUUGCAACACCAGCAGCAAUCGCGCGUGGCUCGAGAGCUUCCGAAGCACGAGAAUGGCGAUCGGCUUAGUCUCACGCCUGAUAGUGAGCUGCACCAUUCGAAGGGUGGACAUUUGGCGGCCGGAGGAGGUAGUGGUGCUGGAGCUGAUCCGUUCAGUUCCCCGCUUGGUAUCACCGGCAUGCAGUUUAAGUUGAUCAGUCGAGGUGACGCCAGCAAAGGCGACCAAAAGCUCGUCGUGACGAUGGAAUUCAACGGCGUCCAGUACGAGGGCGUUCUUUUCGCGAACCCGCUCACCUCCGCCGGCGUAUCCGCACCGACUUCGACACCACCCUCCUCGUCCGUGUCAGCUACAUCGGCUUCCCCGAUCGGUUCCAUGGUAUCACCGGCCAAAUCGAGUGCCGUCCUAAUUUCACCACUCGACGAUCGUGAUCCAGCCACCUCCACGGUGGACCUUCCGAUGGCUCUCGAUGGUGCCAGCAGCAGUGGUUCGAUGCCACCAGGAAGUCAUAACCCACCCGGACUCGGUCACCUUGAGCGGGGUAAUGCCUCCAGCAGCAGUUCCUGCGUUCAGCAGCCGGAAGUAGGUGCCCUUCCGCCACCGGUUCCAACAAGCCCCGCAAGGUCCUUGGUGUCCUAG